GGUUGUUCUAGAGCUUCAUCAUCAGAUAACCUCCGUUGCAAUCUUUCCACGGAGGAUAAUCAGCCUAUACCCGGUCCCUUGUCAUCUUCGCGCGACUUCAUCCUUGCCGGGACCUGAAUUUUCAUCGAACAACUCUUCUAUCUACCGGUGUUCAACAUGGAGAGCUUCGAUAACGUCUAUCUCGAUCUUUCGAAGAGCCCCGGAAAGUGCAAACUUGCAGAGAGUGGUCUGGGAUGGCGACCUUCCGGCGGAGGCGACACAUUUACCCUUGAUAGCAGCAACAUUGGCGCAGCGCAAUGGAGUCGUGCGGCCAAGGGGUUUGAGUUGAGGAUUCUUUCGCGUUCGUCGGGUGUGAUUCAAUUGGAUGGGUUUGACCAGGAGGACUUCGAACGAUUGAGCAAAGCGUUCAAAAUCUGGUAUGGCAUCAAUAUCGAGUCCCGCGAACAUGCUUUGAGAGGGUGGAACUGGGGUAAAGCCGACUUCGCAAAGGCCGAGCUUUCGUUCAACGUGCAAAACCGACCUGCCUUCGAGAUCCCCUACUCCGAAAUCUCGAAUACGAACCUUGCCGGAAAGAACGAAGUCGCCGUCGAGUUUUCUCUUGGGGAUAAUCAGCCAAAUGGAUCUAGUGGCCAGCCGGGCAGCACAAAGAACCGUGGCAAGAAGGCUGCUUCGGGCCCUGAUGAGCUGGUUGAGAUGCGGUUUUAUAUCCCUGGUGCGGUGAAGAAGGAGAAGGGAAUCAAGGAAGAGGAUGGUGAAGAGGGUGAGGAGAAGGGAGAAGAAGAAGAGGAGGAGGAGGAGGUCGAGGAGCAGAACGCAGCCAACCUGUUCUAUGAGACGCUUAUGGACAAGGCUGAGAUUGGUGAUGUGGCUGGCGACACGUUUGCUACCUUCUUGGAUAUCCUCCAUCUUACUCCUAGAGGUCGCUUCGAUAUCGACAUGUACGAAUCUUCUUUCCGGUUACGUGGAAAGACGUACGACUACAAGAUCCAAUACGCCUCGAUCAAGAAAUUCUUCCUGCUUCCUAAAAAUGAUGAUACCCACACUCUUAUUGUUCUGGGACUCGACCCGCCUCUUCGCCAGGGUCAGACCCGCUACCCUUUCCUUGUUAUGCAAAUGAAAUUGGACGAAGAAAUCAGCCUCGAGCUGAAUAUGACUGAUGAAAUUCUCGACACCCAAUACAAAGACAAGCUGCAGUCUCACUACGAAGAGCCCAUCCACCAGGUGGUGACCAAGAUCUUCCGUGGGCUGUCCGGCAAGAAGGUCAUUAUGCCUUCGAAGGACUUUGUCAGUCACCAUGGCCACAGCGGAGUUAAGUGCUCGAUCAAGGCAAACGAGGGUCUCCUAUACUUCUUGGAUAAGAGCUUGAUCUUCGUUCCCAAGCCUUCGACCUACAUCCAGCUUGAGAACGUCGCCAUUAUUACCAUGUCGCGUGUCGGCGGUGCCGUAUCUGCUAGCAGGACGUUUGAUAUCACCGUUAGCCUGAAGAAUGGCCUGGGAGAGCACCAAUUCAGCAACAUCAACCGCGAGGAGCAACAACCUCUCGAAGAGUUCUUCAAGGCCAAGAGCAUCCGUUUCAAGAACGAGAUGACAGAUGAUCACAAAUCCCUUAUCGCAGCAGCCCUGGUCAACGAAGACAUGGGCUCCAGCGACGAAGGCGGCCGCCCUGACCGCGGCUCAGCCGACGAGGACUCGGACACCCCCGACGAAGACUUCCAGACCGAAACAGACUCGGACGUUGCUGAAGAAUUCGACUCGGACCACGACAGCAGUGGCAGUGACAGCGAUGCCGCGAUGGACGAUGCUGAUGGCGGAGACGAUGAUGAGGAGAUGGGCGAUGCUGAUGAAGCGCGGCCUAAGAAGAAGAGCAAGACUGGGAAAUAGUCGGUUGUCCAUGUGCAUAUGAAUUCAAUCGUGCAUUGACGUGGUUGGGAUUGAAUCGUUCUUUUGGUCGCUGUAUCUGUAUGUACUGUAAUAUUCAAUUGGUCUGAUGCUUGUCGUCCAUAACCGAAUUCUGAACCCAACCACAGCAGUAUGGUACACUGCAUACUCCUAUUCCCUCAUAACAAACCCCUAUACCGAUC